AUGGAAGGUCCGGCAGCAGGUUGGUAUCAAUGGAUGAAGGCCAAUAAUCUGUUGUCUUCGUGGAAGGCAUUUUUACUCAGUCUGAAGCACCGUUUCAGAGCUUCCCUCUAUGAAGACCAUCAAGGUAAUCUCUCUAAGCUCACUCAGACUUCGACUGUGGCGGAAUUUCAGUCGGCCUUCGAGGACCUGAUGAAUAAAGUCACGGGAAUUUCUGGGCCGUUGUUGAUUAGUUUUUUCAUUACCGGCUUGAAAUCGGAUAUUCGUCGUGAGCUACUUUUCUCACGGCCGUCCACGUUGAUGGAGGCUUUUGCCUUAGCUCGAGCCUAUGAAACUCGUUGUGAGGAGAUCAAGCAGGGCGCUCGCCCUUGGCAUAAGUGGUCCUCUUCCAAUGCUGCCAACACGUCCACGGUGAGUUCCAUUAGACAACAUGCUGUAACGGCCUUUCCGACGAGCCUGUUUCAAACAACCACCCCCGCUUUGGCCUCACCACCGACAACGGUCGGGCAUAAGCAAACACCACCCAUAGCUCCGACCCCUGCUUUACCUAUUCGUCGCCUCACCCCUACUGAGUUACGAGAAAAGCGCGAAAAGGGAUUAUGCUAUAAUUGUGACAAAAAAUAUUCUGCUAAUCAUCGUUGUCGCAGCAAAUUUUUGCUUCUUUUGGGAACGGAUGAUAUUGAUGAGGAUACAGAUGAUGAUGGCGUGGCGACCGAACCGGCCGAGGACUUGGUCACGGGUGACAUUUCCAGCCUCAAUGCCUUGGCAGGCCAAAGUAAUCCUCGCUCCCUGCGUGUAGUUGGUGAGUUUGGGUCUCAUCGCUUCCAUGUGCUCAUCGACAGUGGUAGUACUCACAAUUUUAUUAAACCGGCUCUGGUGGAGCAUUUGGGCCUCCCUAUUCAGCCAACUCCUAAAUUUCGAGUUUACAUUGGCAAUGGAGAUUAUUUAAUUUGCCAGCACACUUGCCCCCAAGUUGCUUUGACGUUGCAAGGGAAUGUGUUUCCCUUAGAUCUUUUUAUCCUACCAAUUGAAGGACCUAACGUCGUUCUUGGUAUUCAAUGGCUGCAACAAUUGGGUCGUGUUGCCCAUGAUUAUGCAGCUCUGUCAAUGGAGUUUUGUUGGGAAGGGCGUCCGAUCAUUCUCCAUGGGGAUUUGCACCAGUCCUCUAGCUUGAUUACUUUUAAUCAAUUUCAGGCACUGAUCCACAGUUCAAAUGUCCACAGCAUGUUUGCCUUGCAGCCACUAGCGACAGAAGAGUUGGAAACUAAAUUUCGUGACCUGUUCCUUCCGCUAACAGGCCUUCCCCCGUACCGCACCAUUGACCACAAGAUCCAUCUCAUUCCUAAUUCAAAGCCAGUGAAUGUUCGUCCUUAUCGAUAUCCACACUUCCAAAAAAAUGAGAUGGAAAAAUUAAUUCGAGAGAUGCUUGAUCAAGUAACGAUCAAAGAUAAAUUCCCGAUUCCAACCAUUGACGAGCUUCUAGACGAACUAGGAGGCGCUACUAUUUUUAGCAAACUGGACCUCCGGGCUGGUUACCACCAAAUCAGGGUACAUAAUAGGAACGUCUAUAAAACAGCGUUUCGGACUCAUGAGGGCCACUACGAAUUUCUUGUCAUGCCUUUUGGGCUGUCGAAUGCCCCAUUCACUUUUCAAGCCACAAUGAACCAGUUGUUUGCUACAUUCUUGCGCAAGUUUGUUUUGACUUGCCUUCACAAGGGUAGUUUUUACGUCAAGCUCUCCAAAUGCCACUUUUGCUAUGAGACAAUUGAGUAUCUGGGACACAUAGUUUCUGCUGGCGGGGUACGUGCCGAUCCGCAAAAACUCGAUGCCAUGAUGAAGUGGCCCAUACCCCGCACCUUGAAGCACCUUCGAGGUUUCCUCGGCCUUACGGGCUAUUAUCGGCAGUUCAUUCACGGUUAUGCUUCAAUCGCGGCUUCGCUCACGGAUUUGUUACGCAAAGACGCUUUUAAUUGGACUCCAGAGGUUACCGUGGCUUUUGAUGCCCUGAAAAGUGCAAUGGUUGCAGCGCCAGUUUUACGGUUGCCAGAUUUCAAUGAGACCUUCGUGAUCGAAACUGACGCGUCUAAUGUGGGAAUAGGCGCCGUUCUCAUGCAAGCAGGUAACCCAAUCUCUUAUUUCACCAAGAAAUUAGGUCCGCGCCUACAAGCUUCAUCAACAUACCUCAAGGAACUUCACGCCAUUGCUGAGGCAGUACACAAAUGGCACCAAUACCUAUUGGGCAGGUUUUUCAUUAUCCUAACGGAUCACAAAAGCAUCAAAGAAUUAUUGCAGCAGCAUAGAUACUACAUCAGCCCCAACUCUUCCUUAAAGGCCCUACUGUUGCAUGAGUUUCAUGCUACCCCAUUCGCGGGUCAUGGUGGAGUAAAACGUACCUUGGUUCGCUUGGCUACUCUUUUUUAUUGGCCAUGCAUGUGGGCAGAUGUGGAGCAAUAUGUUUCAGCAUGCUUAGUUUGUCAACAGACAAAGUAUUCAACCCAAGCCCCAACUGGACUCCUCCAGCCACUCCCAGUUCCUUCGUUGGUAUGGGACGAAGUCACCAUGGACUUCAUUACCAACCUGCCCCCUUCCCGCAAUUUUAUAGUUAUCAUGGUAGUGGUUGACCGUCUCACCAAGUCAGCGCACUUCGGGGCUUUGCCAACUCAGUUCAUAGCCGCCAAAUCAGCGGAAGUUUUUGUGGCAAUUGUGGUCAAGAUUCAUGGGUUUCCGAGUUCAAUCAUAUCCGAUCGUGACCCCGUCUUCAUGAGUAAAUUUUGGCAGACACUCUUUCAGCUUAGCGGUACAUCCUUGCGCCAUAGUACGACUUACAACCCACAAACGGACGGGCAGUCCGAAGUCGUCAAUCGGGGACUAGAUUAUCAUAGUGGACUCAAAAUGACUCCUUUUCAGGCCUUAUUUGGACGUCCCCCUCCGAUCAUUCCGGCUUAUACCCAGGGCUCUACUUCAAUCCAAGCCCUCGAUGAGGCACUUGUGGAGCGCGAUGCCUUGCUCCGUACUUUGAAGGAGAAUCUAUGUCAAGCUCAACACCGGAUGACGCAAAAGGCCAAUGCACAUCGGCACGACCUGCAGCUUGAAGUAAGAGAUAUGGUUCUUGUUCGCUUACAACCGUAUCGGCAAACUACCGCAGCUCAUCGUCCCUACCAAAAAUUGGCCUAA